CGACUGCACGUCGUCAAUAGUGACUUGAUGCAUAGAUCAGGUUCUUCGUGGUAUUUAUUCUUUGCUUCUUGUGUUUCCGCAAUGCAUCCUCUCGAAGGCGUACUGGAAUCUCCAUCACGCUUCUUCAAAUAUUCACGAUCCAUCUGAAACAAGACGAACCACUCCCCGUAUAUCUAGGCUGGUCAGAGAUCUCACGAAGGAUGUUCGACGUCGGCAUCGAGAAGAGGUCGAGCCUUUGCGACUCGUUGCAAGAACCGGACAACACUCAUAUCGCCCAUGGCAACACUUUCCUCCCGACAUACGAAGAGACGCUCAACGACAACUUGCGCAACUUUGGCGAACCAGAGCGCCACGCCAAUCUGGAGGCUUUCGAUCUGAUUGCAGAGCCGAAGCGCGGCAGAAGGGACUGCCUGAAGCGAGAAUAUCUCAUCAUCGCUAUCAUAUUUUUCUCGCUUUGCGCUAUUGCACUCCCUCUCGGCCUCGUCUACAUCUUGCGUAAUGCCGGGUCUGAGCAAGAAACAGCUACCAUGCAGACUCGUCGUGCAGAGAGCUCAUUCAGCAUUGCUCCUGUCACGGCCGCAAUUCUCCCCACGGCGAUUAUUCCAAUGACUGUGUACGUUACAGUCACGCCCACGCUCGAGGAGUCUAUUCCGAUCGUGACCAUCACGGUCACGGCCUCCAGCCCAGAUGUGGAGCCUACUACAGCAGGACCACAGCCCACGGACACUCUGACAAGCCUGUCAAUAUCAACAGACACAGCUUUAGUAUCGACGGCGGCCAGCCUGACAUCUUCGCAGAGCACGUCGUGGUCUCUGGAACUCUCGACGUCCCCAGUUCCUACCAGCAUAUCGAGCGUCACAAUUGAACCGAACCUCGAGGCUAGCAUACAGCCUGAGCUAUCCCAAACGAGUGCAUUGUAUAGCCCCACAGAUCCGACAACUACCAUCUCACCGACCACGAUGGAGCCAUCAAGCACAGUCUCGAAGGUCUUGCAAACUGCGAAGGGCCGUUUUGGAUUCUGCGGUGUGUCAGGUUCCAAUUGUAAGAGGCUGCUUUCUGGAGAGAAGGGCACCGGUACAGUCAAAUUUGGGCGCGAGUAG